AUGGAUCCCUCCCGCGCGCUUCUCGGCUGCCUGGCGAGCGCUGCUGCUGCCGCCCCGCCCGGGGAGGAUGGAGCCGGGGCCGGGGGCGAGGAGGAGGAGGAGGAGGAAGAGGAGGAGGGGGCGGCGGCGGCGGCGGCAGCGGCAGUGGCAGUGGCAGCAGCAGAGGAGCUGGGCGCCGAGCCACCACUGCCCUUCUGGACCGCGGUGUUCGACUACGAGGCUGCGGGAGAGGACGAGCUGACCCUGCGGCUGGGCGAUGUGGUGCAAGUGCUGUCCAAGGACUCGCAGGUGUCCGGCGACGAGGGCUGGUGGACUGGGCAGCUCAAUCAGCGGGUGGGCAUCUUCCCCAGCAACUACGUGACCCCUCGGAGCGCCUUCUCCAGCCGCUGCCAGCCCGGUGGGGAAGACCCCAGCUGCUACCCAGCCAUCCACUUAUUAGAGAUUGACUUUGCAGAGCUGACCCUGGAGGAGAUCAUUGGCAUUGGGGGUUUUGGAAAAGUGUAUCGAGCUUUUUGGGCUGGAGAAGAAGUUGCUGUGAAAGCUGCCCGCCACGACCCUGAUGAGGACAUCAGCCAGACAAUAGAGAAUGUUCGUCAGGAAGCCAAACUCUUUGCCAUGCUAAAGCACCCGAACAUCAUUGCUCUGAGAGGGGUUUGCCUGAAAGAACCCAAUCUUUGUUUGAUCAUGGAAUUUGCACGUGGAGGGUCCUUAAAUCGAGUGUUAUCAGGAAAAAGAAUCCCUCCCGACAUAUUAGUGAACUGGGCUGUGCAGAUUGCCAGGGGGAUGAAUUACCUGCAUGACGAAGCAAUUGUCCCCAUCAUCCAUCGGGACCUCAAAUCCAGCAACAUAUUGAUCCUCCAGAAGGUUGAGAAUGGAGACUUGAGCAACAAGGUUCUGAAGAUCACGGAUUUUGGCCUGGCCCGGGAGUGGCACAGGACCACCAAGAUGAGUGCGGCUGGAACUUAUGCUUGGAUGGCCCCUGAAGUCAUCCGCUCCUCCAUGUUCUCCAAAGGCAGUGACGUGUGGAGCUAUGGUGUGCUGCUUUGGGAACUGCUGACGGGUGAAGUACCCUUCCGAGGCAUAGACGGCUUAGCAGUAGCCUAUGGGGUUGCCAUGAAUAAGCUUGCCCUUCCCAUUCCUUCUACGUGCCCAGAACCUUUUACCAAACUCAUGGAAGACUGCUGGAAUCCUGACCCCCAUUCACGACCAUCUUUUAUGAAUAUCCUGGACCAACUCACUACUAUUGAAGAGUCUGGCUUUUUUGAAAUGCCCAAGGACUCCUUCCACUGCCUGCAGGAUGACUGGAAACAUGAGAUUCAAGAGAUGUUUGACCAACUCAGGGCCAAAGAAAAGGAGCUUCGUACAUGGGAGGAAGAGCUGACCCGGGCAGCCCUUCAGCAGAAGAACCACGAGGAGCUCCUGAGGCGCCGGGAGCAAGAGCUGGCCGAGCGGGAGAUCGACAUCCUGGAAAGGGAGCUCAACGUCAUCAUCCGUCAGCUGUGCCAAGAGAAGCCCCGCGUGAAGAAACGCAAGGGCAAGUUUAAGAAGAACCGGCUGAAACUCAAGGAUGGCAACCGCAUCAGCCUUCCGUCAGAUUUUCAGCACAAAUUCACUGUGCAGGCGUCUCCAACCAUGGACAAGAGGAAGAGUUUGAUCAGUAGUGGCUCCAGUCCUCCUGCGAGUCCCACCAUCAUUCCCCGACUCAGAGCCAUUCAGUUGACACCUAGCGAAAGCAACAAAACCUGGGGUCGGAGUUCAGUUGUCCAGAAGGAGGAAGGUGAGGAAGAGGAGAAGAGGGCCCUGAAGAAGAAGGGACGUACGUGGGGACCAAGCACACUCGGGCAGAAAGAAAUUGUUUCAGGGGAUGAAGGAUCUCCUCAGAAGCGAGAGAGAACUAAUGGUUUGUGUGCCCUCUCAGAGUCUCCACAUUUUCACUUGGGCCUGAAAUCUCUGGUGGAUGGAUACAAGCAGUGGUCAAACAGUGCUCCAAAUUUGGGGAAAGGCCUGAGGACAACUACUGCCCUUCCAGGGUUUACCAGCCUUGCCGAGAUGGAGGAUGAAGAAAUCGAAGGCCUGAGGAGUGGGGAGAGCCGAGCAAUCCAUUCUUCCAACCAGUCUUACCUCUGCAUUCCAUUCCCACGAAAUGAGGAGGUGGAUGGCCCACCCAUUGAUGGAGCCCAUGAGGAGCCCACCCCAGUGAACUCAGCUACCAGCACCCCACAGUUAACACCCACCAACAGCCUCAAGCGAGGAGGAACCCAGCAUCGCCGCUGUGAGGUGGCUCUCCUGGGUUGUGGGGCUGUGCUGGCUGCCACAGGCCUAGGGUUUGACCUGCUGGAGGCAGGAAAGUGCCAGCUGCUACCCCCAGAAGAGCCCGAGCUGCCACCCCGAGAAGAGAAGAAGAGGCGUGAGGGCCUUUUCCAGAGGGCUAGCCGCCCCCGCCGGAGUACCAGCCCCCCUUCCCGCAAGCUCUUCAAGAAGGAGGAGCCAGUGCUGUUCCUGGGGGACCCCUCGGCUUCUCUGACACUACUUUCUUUGUCCUCCAUCUCUGAGUGCAACUCUACACGGUCCCUCCUUCGAUCAGACAGCGAUGAGAUUGUGGUAUAUGAGAUGCCAGUCAGUCCAGUGGAGGCAGCUCCCUUGCCCCCUCGCACCAACAACCCACUGGUCAAUGUCCAAGUUGAACGUUUCAAGCGAGAUCCCAACCAGUCCUUGACUCCCACCCAUGUCACCCUCUCUGCUCCCACACAACCUACUGGUCACAGACGAACUCCUUCUGAUGGGGCACUUAAGCCAGUGACACCCCUGGCCAAUGGGAGCCCAUCUAGUAAUGGGCUGAGUGCCACACCAGGUGCAGGGAUGCUGAAAACUCCAAGCCCCAGCCGAGAUCCUGGGGAGGUGCCUCGCCUGCCAGACCCCAAUCUGGUCUUUCCCCCAACCCCAAGACGGUGGAACACCCAUCAGGACUCCACCCUGGAAAGACCUAAGACUCUGGAGUUUCUUCCUCGGCCCCGCCCUUCUGCCAACCGGCAGCGGCUGGACCCUUGGUGGUUUGUGUCCCCCAGCCACGCCCGCAGCGCCUCCCCCGCCAACAGCUCGAGCACAGAGACACCCAGCAACCUAGACUCCUGCUUUGCAAGCAGCAGUAGCACUGUGGAAGAGCGGCCAGGGCUUCCUGCCUUGCUCCCGUUUCAGGCAGGGCACCCUCCUCCUGCUGAACAGGCCCUUUUGGAUCUGGACGCAGAGGGGCAGAGCCAGGACAGCACUGUUCCUUUGUGUAGGUCUGAACUAAACACACACAGAUCCACUACCUACGAGGUUCAGCAAGAGUUUUGGUCUUAGCAUGAGAGGAAUCUGGGGUGGGGGUAGAGGUCUGGGCAAAAGGGAAGAGAGGACCUGGGAGGGCCUGGCUAGGGCGUGUCUCCCACCAAGUGGCACCCCAAGAUCCAGUCCUACUUCUUGCACUGAUAAUGCACUUUGAAGACAGAAGAGGUGUGGAGGGCAGCUGCUCCAAAGGCCCUAGCCAACAGUGAGCUCUCCUGUUUAGAACCACCCCCAUUGAUGUAGCCUGUCAGAUCUGAGUGUGUGUGUGCGUGUGGGGAGGGGGAGGUGUGUGAAUGACCUUCCAGCUCUGCAGUAUUCCUCACCCUUGGGCCAUGGCAUGGCAACCCAGUCACAGCCAGAUUUGUCCACCGUCCUCCAGCACUGUUAAGUAGGGCAUGCCCAGGGUCUGUCCCAGAGUCUCUUGGUCAUUCCAGAGUUCUGUGGUUACAAACACCAAUGUUGGAUAUUCUUCUGCUACUCUCUACCCCCACCCUUGUCCUUGAAUCCAGUUCAAGGUCAUUAAGAGACCUAAGGUUGGUGGUGUCUCAUGCUGUCAGGAAUGCUUGGGGGCAGGGUGAUAAAGGCAUGUGACUUGAUGGACCUCCAUUCCCCCCUCCCCAGCCACCAUUCUACUUGCCUGAUCUAUUUAUUUGAGCCUAGAGGUGGCGCUCUGAUCCACCUCUAUGGGACUGGGGGUGGGGAUGGAGGAGGGGUAGGGAAAUAUAGUUGAGUUAUAGUGAAGAGUCUAUGUUCUGGCUUCUUUUAGCAAGACUCAGUGAAGGGUGGGGAGUAUCACAUAGCAAAGGCACUGACCUCCCUAUGGUUGGUGUGUGGCCAAAUCAUGUUGCUAGAAAAACCCUUACCUAGCCCAUGGGUGGGUUCUUGGGAGAAUUCUUCGUUGGUGCCACCUUAGGUGCUAGAGACAGAGUCUUGUGUCUGGCCCUUUUCUUGUGUAAUGGGGCCUGCCAUGGAGUAUAUGCAGAGCUGGACUACUUACUUCUGGCCAACUACAUUUGCUAGGUCAGCAUUGACAGAGUUGGACGCUUUGGGGAUGCCAAAGCCCCUUGCUAUUUCUGGUUGGUUGUAUGUGACUCAGUGCUGAAGGACCUGGUGAAAGCAGGCAGGCAGCUCUGUGUAUUCUCCGUGGGAUGGCCCUAUUGUACUCCUUUGAUUUUCUCUUAUGUCCUUUCCCUUAUUCUUUACUCUGUCUUCUCCAGGGACCAGUAACUGCAAGCCUUCAUGUAUGGUUAGUAAAAAUCUCUCAAACCCUAAGAGGUUUUCUCGUAAAUUUUAGCAGAAGUGGCAUCCGGCAGUGAAGCCUAGGUAAUGGGAAUAGAGAUUUUGGAGUUACUUUCUCAGUUCAGGCAACCACCCUUAUAACCUUCAGCAAGUCACUUCACUCCAGUUGUUCACGUCUGUAAAAUGAGGUUGUGAAACACCCCCCUAAAUGGGACAUCAUAAUAGCUCAAGGACAGGAUCUAUAAAGGCAUAGGUUGGCCCUAAUGUAUGUAAAAAUUGGUCAGAGUUUUUCUGCGCCUUCUCUCCUCCCUAUACUGUGGCCUCCUGACCUACUGGGCUUUGGACCAUGGGGGAGCAGCAAGGCUCUUUCAAGCACUGCCCAAUCUUCCUGACAUGAAGAAAAAAAAAAAACUGAUAGCAGUUCUGAUAUUUAUGAAAUUUGUUUAUUUACUUGAAUAAUGAACUUCAACUUAAGGUCUCUUCUAUCUCUUUCUUCAACCACCUCCUCCCCAUCUCCCAAUCUGUUUCUCCGUCAUGUUAUGAACUGAGUGAAAUCCAUCUGUAACUUUUAAUAGUACACUGGGCCUCUGCUGAGACAUCCCUGAGCCUGGAGUUGGGAUGGCAUUCAGUCUUCUAUAAGGUUCCUUCCUUUCUGGAGAGAUAAACAGAACCUCCUACAAGGGAAAAGCAGAGAGGAAAGCUUCUUGGUCAGGCCAGAGAGUGCAGACUAGAGAGUGCUGCUUUAGUCCCGUAAAGAUAGUGAAUUCUCACAAUGACGUUUUACCUCUGGCCCAAUGAACCCAGCUCCCUGCUCCUCUUCUGUACCAGGGGCAGGUGACCUCUGCCCUACCUCAUUGUCUUCCCAUCAUGCCAGCCCAUGGCAAGGCAGUGGAAGGAGUCAUUAUUAUUCUCACACCUUGGCCUGUCAUCCCUGGGCUAGGGAGGCUAUUUGCUGGGGACAUCGGUCAGAAGCCAGCUGGGAACGAUCUUUUAGUUGAUAUUUCCCAUUUAGCUUCAUGCUGUCUGUGGUUCUGAUCAGGAGCUGACCUCAAAGCUGUGGGUCAAACUACUUUCACUGCGAAUAGUUGACCUUCCCUAGCGCUGCCUAGGGACCCUAGUCCUUAACACUAUGCAAUGCGUUAAACCACAUGGAAUGUGGUGUCAGAAAAUAUUUAUUUCCUAAGGUUCCUGCUCACAUCACUGACUCAGAGACAGUUCUCAUCUACUUCUUUGAGAGGCUAGCCAGCUGCUGGGCAUCUGAGUUGCCUUUCAUACUACCUUGUAAUUCCACUCAAAUAGCUUUGAAGGAUACUUUUUUAAUUGUAGGCAUUUUUCGCCCCCAAGGUCGUCUCUCAACUCCCUCCUUUAUGUGAGGUUCAAUUGCAGGCCCUGAAGUGUCUGAUGAGAAACAGCUCUGAUUUUUUUUAAAGUUUUUUUUUUCAGUUUCCUUGAAAGUGGGAUGUGUUUGCUGGUGGAAAGGGAGGGAUAUUCACAUCUGAGUAUUCAAGCAAAGAAGAAAUGAUAAAAGGCAUCUGUUAUCUAGAGCUUAGACCCCAGAGGAGAAGGAGGAGAUAAAGUUCCAGGCUCUUCUCCCUUAUUCUGAUGCUUACUUACCUUGUGACCUUGGCUGAAUCACUUAGCCCCUUUUGAAAAGACAUCACCAGCCUUCCUCCCAAAGCAUAGGGUGUGAGAGCUCACAAGGCAAUAUUGAUCAAGCACUUUGGGUUCCUUGGCAGGAAGAGAUUAAUUUUCAACUGAGAAGUGAUGCCAGCUCCUGAAAGAAGCUUUCUUUAUUACCGGCUGAGGUGUGGAGGAGAGGAAAUUUGUACAAUGUGUCUUUCAUCCCCUUGACUUUGCGUUGGUUUGUCUUACUCCUUUCUGAGACGUCUAGAAGAAAACUGAUUAAAAGGGGCUCAUGACAUAGCCAGUGGGAGUCAUUGCCAGACAUGAGCUCUUCUGAAGCAUUUGAAUAUUUUCAGAGUGCUCAGCCAUUUCUAAAAAAUUAUCCUUUACUCAUCCCAACCAACAAUCAGUGAGGAUGGCUGUCAUCCUCAUUUUUGUCUUAGAGAGAAGGAAAUGGAGAUGGGGAGAGGUUGUUAGCAACGCAAGAAAUAAAAGGUGUCACUUUUGAAGUGUCGGCCUUUUGACUCAGAAAGCCUGAUUUUUUCCCCCUAGUUUGAAUUCCAUCCAGAUUUGGCAUAAGGAGAAUUCUGGGUAGAGUGGAUCUUGUAGCCAUGUCCCAGAUGUAUUGUCGAAAGGAACUAAAAAGGUCAUCUAACUGAGUCCCCUCAUUUUACAGAUAAGAAAACUGAGGCUUAGAGAGGUUUAGAUGUACCACAAGGUCAUGUAAGCAGUAAGUGGCAAAGCUAAGAUUUGAAUCCAGAUCCUCUGACUACAAAUCCAGCACUCUUCCUCCCUCACAGCACUACCUACCUCCGUAAUUCCUCUACUAGCUUAGGUUAGACCUUAGGCCAUUCUUGUCAGGAAAAAAUUCCUAACAAUUAGAGCUAUCCCAAAGUGACAGCUAGGUGGGGCAAUGGAUAGAGCAAAGGAC